AUGAGGGGCUCCAUCAAGGUGAAGGCUGCAGAUCGGCUGGGUACUCUCCUCCGAAAUUCAGCUGGCGCAAGGGGAGCAGCCCGUGUCAGCAGCAUGCAGCCCCGCUCAGCCCUGCUCUGCCUGAUCCUGGCUGCCUGCACCCUGCCCACCCAGGGCUCGGCGCCCCUGCCCGCCUGCCUCCACUUCCCCGAGCUCCUGCCUGCAAAGCUCAGAGAGCUGCGGACCAAGUUUGAGGAAAUUAAGGAUUAUUUUCAAUCAAAAGAUUAUGAACUUAGCAUCCAGUUGCUCAGCUCUGAACUGCUGGAUGAAUUUAAGGGGAGCUUUGGUUGCCAGUCAGUGUCAGAGAUGAUGCGGUUCUACACCGAGGAGGUCCUGCCCAGUGCCAUGAGGACCAGCACACAACACCAGCAGAGCAUGGGUGACCUGGGCAACCUGCUGCUGAGCCUGCGGGCAACAAUGAGGCGCUGUCACAGGUUCUUCACGUGCGAGAAGAGGAGCAAAGCCACAAAGCACAUCAAGGAGACAUUCGAUAAGAUGCACGAGAACGGGAUCUACAAGGCCAUGGGAGAGUUCGACAUCUUCAUCAACUACAUCGAGGAGUACUUGCUGAUGAACAGAAAGAAGUGA